CUUUCAUUGUUACACAAGGUCAGCAGCUUUUAUUAGCUCACUGAAUUGCUCUGUGUUGUAACCCGUGUUGAUAGAAUUGCUCCUGGUUUCGCGUCUUGCCUUGUCUUAUCACACGCUGUUCCUUGGUUCUGGAAACUGCACAACGUCCUGUGUGCGUCAACUUGUUGAAUACCAGCACCCUGCCCUCUGAGGACUACUUCGUGUUCAAGGUUCAGGAAGAUAACGAGCAGUGAGUGGCUGACGCAUAGCUACUGCCAAAGUCUCGUAUCAUAUUACAGUAGACGGCAGGCUUACUAAGCUGAUCGCUGUGCUGUACGACAUAUCAAGAACUGGGACUAACAAAGGUGUUUUAACAGACUUCACAAGUGAACAAAGGGACUGGUGGUCCUGUGAGAAGAGCGUUACCAUGGGUAAGAAGACGCAACAGUGGCUGCUGCUUUUCCUAUAUUUGACAGUGCUUGUUCACUGCUCAGCUGCCAUGAUGUUUUGGACAGCCUUUGUGGAAAUAAGUUAUAUUAGAAAGAAUGAGACUGUGGACAGGGCUUGUGAGUGUGGGGUGUUUGGUCAAAACUCUCCUAUUGAGAAAGCCUCUGGCAUUGUUACUCUUCCCAUGGGAGACCCCACAGGUUGUGGGCCAAAUCCCAUCUACAACCGCACUAUCAACUCUCCACUGUGGAUAGCCUUGGUUAAAAGGGGCAACUGUACCUUUACUGAGAAGAUAAGUGCUGCCAGUAACCUAGGAGCUUCUGCAGUAGUGGUGUAUAAUGUGGACGGCAGCGGCAACAGCACAACACAUAUGUCCCACCCAGAAGUAGAGGAUAUUGUGGCUAUCAUGAUCGGCAACAGUCAGGGCAUGGAAGUUCUGAGGCUGAUGAAGAAUGGGAUAGAUGUAGAAAUGACCAUCCUCGUGGGAAACCCUCACGGACCCUGGGUGGACACCUACUGGCUUUACUUCCUGUCUAUUGCCUUUUUCAUUGUAACAGCAGCCUCCAUAGCCUAUUUUGUGUUUAUCUCUGCAAGCCGUCUCUACAACUUGAACAGACACAGGCGCGCACAGAAGAGGCUGAAAUCGGAAGCUAAAAAUGCAAUUAAGCGUCUCCAAGUACGCACAAUGAAGAGUGAUGAUGUGGAAACCAUGUCCGACUCCCACAUGUGUGCUGUGUGUAUUGAAUCCUACAAGGCAGGUGAGGUAGUGACAGUGCUGACAUGUGACCACAUCUUCCAUAAAGCCUGCAUUGAGCCUUGGCUGCUGGAGAGGAGAACCUGCCCUAUGUGUAAGUGCGACAUCCUAAAGGCCCUGGGUGUUGAGGAGGAGGUGAAAGAGGACUUUCCAACUCAGUCACCACUAGAGGUCACUGUGAUUACAGUGACAGGGGGAGACAACAUGUAUGAAGUCCCAUUAACUGACACAGGGAGCUUGGACCCAGACAGGCACCGUUAUGACAACAGGGCCUUUGAGGGAGACUCAGAAGCUGCAAGAGGAUGAGCAACAGCAAUGGAAACAAUACAGGAAGGAAGGAAGACACAAUAAAAUGUUUUUGACACAUUCCUACUUUAUAAGGUGAAACAGUAGACAUGGAAUCAAUGUACUAUCUUCAAACUUAAAGUUCAUCUUUUAUGUUUAAAAAAAUCCAAGGAAUUAAAUUAUCAAUGGACCUUGUGCAAUUAGUUUUGGUGACAUUAUUUGAUGUCACCAUAAUUAUUGGCAAUGUUCAAUAAGGUAUCUGUAGAUGAUUACAACAAACACUGAAAACAAGGUAGUGAGUAAGUGUUGGGCAAUGCUGGUGUCAGGUGUCUAUUUUGCAUUGUAAACACACCAGCUCAGUCUAGAUCAGGGUAAAAAUGCAAAGGGCAUUGAUUAUCUGAAAGCAGGAAGUGGUUAGGUUUUCAGACAACCUAAACCUAACCCUUCAAAAUCAAUCUCUCUGUUCAAUUUCUCUAAUUAAUGUUACUUUCCUGAUGCCACUCUGAGAGUGGAAUGUAUUUUCAUUUUAAUUGUCAGGUUUUUAGGUUGGGCGCACCCUUUAAUUAGAAAUGCAGAAUGGCACACGUUGCACUAUGCUAAGUGAAUAAAUUUCUUUACCACAAAUGAACUAAUAUUGUCUAAACUCCUUCAAUAAUCUGCUGCCAAUGCCAUAAUAAUCUGCAUAGACAAACCCAAAUUGUUUUUGAUUUAAUUUUUCAGUUUGUUUUUAAAAAAAUCUAAAACACUUAUAUAGUCUCUGCAGUCUACCUCUACAUACCUGCAGUGGUACAUUUCGCAAUGGCUUUAGGAUUCUUGUGAUUCAGAGAAUAAACGUGUCCCUUGGCACAGUAUGAUAAAGCCAAAGGAUUGUUUAAUGUUUUGUUUGCUGUAGGGGAAAUGCUGAUUAUGAUACUUUAUCUCAUGUUCUAUGUUUAAUCAGUUUCACUACUGUUUUACACAUUACAGGAGUCUUAAAAUGUUAUGUAAAAUGAAUAUUAUGGUGUUUUAAAUCAUAUUGAUGCCUAUUAGAAAACAUUAAAUCUAUCAAAAUGA